UUUCGUCGAAUCCCCUCCUCUCUUCUUUUAUAAUGGCAAUUGUCUCCUCUCUACCACAUUCUCCCCAUUCCGCGGUUCCGCCCUCUCGCGUGCCUCCAGGUCCCUCCUCUGCGUAACUGGGCGGCCGCUGAUCCGCCGCCACCGCUCUGUGCCCUGCGUCUGGUGUUCCGGUGACAAGCGUCCACCUGCAAGAUGUUGGAAUACCAAAACGUAGUUGGGGGGAGACUGAAGCUGAAGGGUAAAGCGCUGGACGUAAAGGAUGGUGGGGUGAAGAAAAAGAAGAAGAAGUACCAGCGUGAGGAGUCGUCUCAGAUUGCGCACGAUGAGCUCCACAAAGGGGGGAGAUCUGAAUUACCAAUUGAUCCCAACAAUGAGCGGAUUGAAUCUGACAAGACUGGAGAUGAAGGGAACCCACAUCCUGACUAUGGCCAUCUCACACCAGCAGAGCGACGCUACAUGGAACAGAAGCAGAAGAUCGACAUGCAGAAGAUGGCCAAAGUCGCCAACAAGUCGCAUAGAGACCGCAUCCAAGACUUCAAUCAGUAUCUCGCAAACCUAAGCGAGCACUACGACAUCCCCAAAGUUGGCCCUGGCUAACAUAGCCAAACUGGCUGUGUUACGCACAACAAUUGUGUGCUGGGUCUAUCCAUUUAUGUUAGCAUGUUACGUAUCGUUUAAAACGAUUUGUUGCCACCAGAAGUUGAUAUUUAAUUUCAAAAGCAUGUUCCAACU